AUGUCUGGAAAUGAUAAUAGAAGAAGGAGACGUGAAGAGGAUGAGGACGAGGAUGGCAUGCUGCCUCCUUCGUCACCGCAACUGGGCGGCGCCAGGGGCUAUGCAGAGGCCUCGUCGCCUCUGGGGGCCCCAGACGGGAUGAUGAACCCGGAGGGUGCAGACGAUGAGAUUGACGAGGUACCAGAUUUGGAGGAUUUGGAGGAACAGAUGAACGAGGUCGAUUUGAUGGGAGACGAUAUGUUGCAAGACUACGGGUCUGAUGCUGAGAAGGACCAUUACGAUAUGCGUCAGGUCGACGACAGGUCCCAACGAGAACUAUCCUUGAGUGAGAGACGUAUGAUUGACAAGCAGAUGAACGAAAGAGAUAGGUUAUUGAGACAAGGAGCCUACAUUGAUGAUGACGACGACGACGAAGCUGAUCCGAGCGGAGGGAAACUGGACGAUAUGGGGUUGCCGAUCCAGAGGCGUAGACGUAGAAGACAGUAUGAGUCACUGAACAAAAGUGACGAUGACCUGCUGAGUGACUUGGAUAUGGACCCUCUGGCUGAAGAACUGACUUUGGAGUCCCUGAGUAAUGUCAAGGCCGCGUCGUACUCCGAGUGGAUCACACAGCCUAACGUUGCCAGAACUAUUGCAAGGGAGUUGAAAUUGUUCUUGUUGGAAUACACAGACGAUACAGGUAGAUCCGUUUACGGUGCUCGUAUUAGAACCCUGGGUGAAGUCAAUAGUGAGUCCUUGGAGGUCAAUUAUAGACAUCUAUCGGAAUCAAAGGCCAUUCUGGCAUUGUUCUUGGCAACUUGUCCAGACGAAAUGUUGAAGAUUUUUGAUCUGGUCGCUAUGGAAGCUACUGAACUACAUUAUCCAGAUUAUUCAAGAAUUCAUUCAGAGAUCCAUGUCAGAAUUUCUGAUUUCCCUGCCAUAAACUAUUUAAGAGAAUUGCGUGAAUCCCAUUUGGGAUCACUGGUACGAGUGGUAGGUGUAGUAACUAGAAGAACAGGCGUUUUCCCACAAUUAAAAUAUGUCAAAUUCAACUGUUUGAAAUGUGGUAUAGUUUUAGGUCCAUUUUUUCAAGAUUCAACAGAAGAAAUUAAAAUUUCUUUUUGUACCAAUUGUAAAUCGAAAGGUCCAUUUAGCAUGAAUGGUGAAAAAACCGUAUACAGAAAUUAUCAAAGAAUCACUUUGCAAGAAUCUCCUGGUACUGUACCAGCUGGUCGUUUACCUAGACAUCGUGAGGUUAUUUUACUUGCAGAUUUGGUAGAUAUAGCAAAGCCAGGUGAAGAUAUAGAGGUUACUGGUAUAUAUAAAAAUAAUUAUGACGGUAGUCUGAACGCUAAGAACGGGUUCCCAGUUUUUGCUACUAAUAUUGAAGCUAAUUCAAUAAAAAGAAUAGAGGGUAAUAUAACAGAUGGUGACGAAGAAGGGCUAGAUGUCUUUAAAUGGACUGAAGAAGAAGAACGUGAAUUUAGAAAAAUGUCAAGAGAUCGUAAGAUUGUAGAUAAAAUUAUCUCAUCAAUUGCUCCAUCGAUUUACGGUCAUAGGGAUAUAAAAACUGCUGUCGCCUGCUCAUUAUUCGGUGGUGUCCCAAAGAACGUCAACGGUAAACAUUCAAUUCGUGGUGAUAUUAAUGUAUUAUUAUUAGGUGAUCCUGGUACUGCAAAAUCUCAAAUUUUAAAGUAUGUUGAAAAAACUGCAAAUAGAGCAGUUUUUGCUACUGGUCAAGGUGCUUCUGCUGUUGGUUUGACUGCUUCAGUUAGAAAAGAUCCAAUUACCAAGGAAUGGACUUUAGAAGGUGGUGCUUUGGUUUUAGCUGACAAAGGUGUUUGUUUGAUUGAUGAAUUCGAUAAAAUGAACGACCAAGAUCGUACUUCUAUCCAUGAAGCAAUGGAACAACAAAGUAUAUCUAUUUCAAAGGCUGGUAUUGUUACUACUUUACAAGCACGUUGUUCAAUUAUUGCUGCUGCAAAUCCAAACGGUGGUAGAUAUAAUUCUACUCUUCCUUUGGCACAAAACGUCACUUUAACUGAACCUAUUUUAUCAAGAUUUGAUAUUCUAUGUGUUGUUAGAGAUUUAGUUGAUGAAGAAGCCGAUGAAAGAUUAGCAUCUUUCGUUGUCAAUUCACAUGUAAGAUCGCACCCAGAUAGUGAGAUUGCUGAAGAUAAUGAUGACAAUGAUGAUAUGGACGAAGAGAAUGCAGUUCCUAACCAUGAACUGUCUGCACGCCAAAAGAAACUAGAGAGACAAAGAAAGAAAGAACAAGAAAUAUCUCCUAUUCCUCAAGAUUUCCUAAUGAAAUAUAUUCACUAUGCAAGAACAAAAAUUCAUCCAAAGUUACAUCAAAUGGAUAUGGAUAAAGUCAGUAGAGUUUAUGCUGAUUUAAGAAGGGAAAGUAUAACCACUGGUUCUUUCCCUAUCACUGUUCGUCACCUGGAAUCGAUAUUAAGAAUUGCAGAAUCUUUUGCAAAGAUGAGACUCUCCGAAUUCGUAUCAUCUUGGGAUUUAGACAGGGCUAUUAAGGUUGUUGUUGAUUCUUUCGUUGACGCACAAAAGGUUAGUGUCCGUAGACAAUUGCAAAGGUCAUUUGCUAUCUAUACGCUUGGACAUUAA